GCGGCAGCGCCCUCACCGAGCGAAUUGCGAAUUUUGAAGUUUAUCCCAGCUGGCGGCGUGACAGGCAAAAACAAGCGCAAGCAAGCCGAACGCAAAAUAAUUUUGUUCACUUUGGAAAUCGUCCUGAAAAAUGAUUAUUACGAGUGCCGCUGGAAUUCUCUCGCUCCUCUCGGAGCCGAUGCCAGAGCUGAAGAUCUACGCCCUGAAGCAACUGGACACCAUUGUGGACCAGUUCUGGCCGGAAAUCUCUGAGGCUAUCGAAAAGAUUGAAAUUCUAUAUGAAGACCAGAAUUUCGCAGAACGCAAACUGGCCGCCCUGGUUGCCAGCAAGGUCUAUUUCCACCUGGGCUCUUUCGAAGACUCGUUGACUUACGCCCUUGGAGCUGGCAAUCUUUUUGACGUCAACUCGCGCACUGAAUAUGUUGACACUAUAAUUGCCAAGUGCAUUGAUCAAUACACUGCUCAACGUGUCCGUCUGGCUGAAGCUGGUGACCUGAAUGGCGGCGCCAUUGAUGAACGCCUGACCAACAUUGUACGCAACAUGUUUGACCGUUGCCUCGCUGAAGGGCAGUAUCGUCAGGCCAUUGGAAUUGCCUUGGAAACCAGAAGCAUGGACGUGUUCGAAGAUGCUAUCACUCGUGCUGAUGAUAAGGCUGGGAUGCUCACCUAUGCCUUCCAAGUUGCAAUGUCCUUGAUCCACCAGAGGAAAUUCCGACAUGAAGUCCUGCGCAGUCUGGUCAAACUGUACCGUAACCUUUCCACCCCUGACUAUGUCAACAUGGUCCAGUGUCUCAUCUACUUAGAGGACCCUCUUUCAGUUGCCCAACUGCUGACAAAACUUGUGCAAUCUAACGAGGACAAUGCUCUGAUGGCGUAUCAGAUUGCAUUUGAUUUGUACGACUCUGCCACUCAGCAGUUUUUGGGUCAGGUCCUUCAGUCCUUGAAGGCAAGUGCUCCAGUUCCAUUUGAGGAGAAGAAGGAAAAGGGAGAAGGCGAGAAGCCAGCAGAUUUGUCCCAGAAGACUCCGGAACAGAGGGAACAGCAAGCACGCUUUGAACAGCUGGCAAAAAUCCUCUCUGGAACGGUCACCAUCGAACUGCACUUGCAGUUCCUCAUACGAACUAACCACACCGACAUGCUCAUCCUGAAGGCCACCAAGGAUGCUGUCAGGGUGUCUAUUUGCCACACUGCCACUGUCAUCGCCAAUGCCUUCAUGCACAGCGGAACAACUUCUGACCAGUUCCUCAGGGAAAACCUUGAGUGGCUUGCCAGAGCCACAAACUGGGCCAAACUGACGGCCACUGCAUCUCUUGGUGUUGUUCAUCGUGGUCAUGAGACGGACGCCUUGACUCUAAUGCAGAGCUAUCUGCCUAAGGACUCUGGAGCCUCUUCUGGUUAUUCCGAGGGAGGCGGUUUGUAUGCUCUGGGUCUCAUUCACGCCAAUCACGGUGUUGGUAUUUGCGACUACCUUCUUCAGCAGCUCAAGGAUGCACAGAACGAGAUGGUGCGUCAUGGUGGCUGUCUUGGUCUGGGCUUGGCAGCUAUGGGCACUCACAGGCAGGACGCCUAUGAACAGCUGAAGUACAACCUGUACCAAGAUGAUGCUGUCACUGGAGAGGCUGCUGGAAUUGCCAUGGGUAUGGUGAUGCUGGGCUCCCAGUCUUCUGAUGCUAUAGCAGAUAUGAUAGGGUAUGCCCAAGAGACCCAGCAUGAGAAAAUCCUGAGAGGCUUGGCCGUCGGCAUUUCACUGACCAUGUAUGGCCGCCUCGAGGAGGCCGACACCCUCAUUGACACUCUGAUUGGCGACAAAGACCCAAUCCUGAGGCGCUCUGGGAUGUACACUAUUGCCAUGGCCUACUGUGGCACAGGCCACAACGAGGCCAUCAGAAAGCUGUUGCAUGUUGCAGUCUCCGAUGUCAAUGACGACGUUCGUCGCGCCGCUGUCACUGGACUGGGCUUCCUCCUCUUCAGAACUCCAGAGCAGUGUCCCAGCGUUGUGUCUCUCUUGGCCGAGUCCUACAAUCCCCACGUCCGCUACGGAGCUGCCAUGGCUUUGGGCAUUGCCUGUGCUGGAACUGGACUCAAGGAAGCGAUCGCCCUUCUUGAACCAAUGACCAACGAUCCGGUCAACUUCGUCCGCCAGGGCGCCUUGAUUGCUUCGGCCAUGAUUUUGGUUCAGCAAACUGAGAUCACUUGCCCUAAGGUCAAGGACUUCCGUGCUCUGUAUGCAAAGGUUAUUGUGGACAAGCAUGAAGAUGUUAUGUCCAAGUUUGGAGCCAUCCUGGCCCAGGGAAUCAUUGAUGCCGGUGGCCGCAACGUGACUGUCACACUCCAAUCACGCACUGGACAUACCAACAUGUUGGCCGUUGUGGGAGUCUUGGUGUUCACCCAGUACUGGUACUGGUUCCCUCUGGCUCACUGCCUCUCUCUUGCGUUCACCCCAACCUGCCUGGUCGCCCUGAAUGGCCAGCUGAAGAUGCCCAAGCUGCAGUUCCGCUCGAAUGCCAAACCAGCCACCUACGCAUACCCUCCUCCCCUGGAAGAGAAGAAGCGAGAGGAAAGGGAGAAGGUUGCUACCGCCGCCCUGAGCUUUGCUGCCCGUUCUCGUCGCAAUCGCCACGGCGCAUCUUCCACUCAGGAGACCAAGAUGGAAGUGGAUGAGGAGGAUAUCAAGGAGAAGGAGGCAAAGAAGAAGGAAAAGGAGGCCAAGGAGAAGAAGGAGGAGGAGAAAAAGGAUGCUGAAAAGAAGGACGAGCUCAACUUUGAGAUUCUGCAGAACCCGGCUCGCUGCAUGCGCCAACAGCUCAAAGUCCUGCAAAUGACCGAAGGGUCCAACUACAACCCGAUGAAGGACUUGAGCAUUGGAGGAAUCAUCAUGGUCCGCCAAUCUCAGCCCGGUUCUCCGGAGGAGUUGGUCGAACCUGUUGCAGCCUUUGGCCCCAAAAUCGAGGAAGACAAUGAGCCGGAGCCUCCCGAGCCGUUCGAGUACAUUGAAGAUUAAACGCUGUCAUUUUUAAAUGACUGCUUCAGUUACAGUAUUUACAAAGAUUUGUUUUGCUUAAUAAAAAGAAAUGCUAAUUGAAAAAUUAAAAUCUGCCCUACAAA